GGUGGUGGCGAAUGUGCGGGCAGGAGGAGAGAGGCAGAGUUCGGGGGUUGCCUCCCCCCUCCCGACAACAAUCGAAUCGAUUAGUGUCCGGGCGGCAGCGGCGUCGAUGCCGAUGGAGCGCGGGCUCUAGUGACAGAAGCUCCGAGGCUGGGCGGCGGGGCCUAAGGCGGCGGGAGCCGGGCAUCAGCGGGGGAGAGAGGCCCAGGCUCCGGGCAGGAGGACCGUCCCUGAGGGAGAGGGAGCCAGGGCCCGGCUGCGACACCAGGGACAGGGUCCCAUCUUCAGAGGGAGUCAGGGGGACCGGGCUUGGGGGUACGAGGCCGCACGGUUGGGGGAACCCCAGGGUCCAGGACACCCUUGUCCAGGGCCCAGGGGGGCAUGGAGGCCUGUGAUACUCCUGAAGCGGGAGGGACCAUCGAGCAGAGGGAUCCUGCUAACCUGGCAGCAGGCAAGUGUCACACUCAGUGUCUCAGUACUGCAGGAGAGGUAAGGAUCGCCGCCCUACAUCAGCCAGAGAGCAAUGCUAACCUGAGAGUGCCUAAUUGCCACAGUCAGGUUAAUAAUAACCUGGGAGAGGCCGAUCAGGAGGAGAUGAGGGUCAGUAACAGUCCUCUCAAGGGUCAAUCCCACCAGCAAAAUAAUACUAACUUGGGAGGGGGCAUUUAUCACAGUCAGAGUAAUAACAAUCUGGAGGAGGCAGAUCAGGAAGGGAUGGAGAUUAGUAACUGCCAUUUGAAGGGGCUGUUCCAUCAGCGAGGGAAUAAUGCUAACGUUGAGAAGGGUAGGUGUCACAGUCAGAGUUAUAAUGCUCUACGAGAGGACGAAGGGUGUAGCCCUGGAAGUGGAGACCACCAAUGCCAAGGAGAAGUGGAGGUAAAUGAGAUCCAGACCAGGAUGAUGCUUAACAGCCGAUCGGAAGUUACAGAAGGUGAGCAAGGUGUUGUUCACUUGCAAAAUGGAAAAAAUGCAAGAGAUGGAACAGGUGAUUGCCUGCUAGAAAGAGAGGACUCGAAAGGUCUGAAGAAAGAGCAGGCGCAGGAUGGAGGGAUUGUGUUGGCAACUGUAAGUGAAAGCAGCACAGAGACUGGUAGAAUUGAGGCAGCAUCAGAGUGCAUGGCAAAAAACAGAGUGCCUACUCAGGAGCCCGAGGGAGCAUCACAAGAAGUGGGGGAGAAUGGGGACGAAGAUAUAUCGAUGGGGAAGAGACCAGCGAUCGAGAAACUGGAGGGAAUGAGCCCGGAGCUUGCUCUGCCUGAGAUGAACAAUUUGGAGAAGGAAUGCACGACGGAAGUGACACUGGAAGAACAAGGGAGAAGGCAGGAAACCUCAGAAGUUUGCAUGAGAGAGAAAUUCACACAGAGUGUUUCAAUGGAGGCAGUGGCAGAGGAUUUAGAAAAUGAAGCUGUUGAGAAGAGUAUGCAACUGACGAGAACUGGGGAAAGUGGCAGGGAGGGAAGCAGCCAAACCUUGGAACUGAGUGUGGUGCAGCAGGAGGUUAAGAGCACAUCAGGACAGGCUGUUGCAGAGCAGGAUGUCAAGGAUGAUUUUAAAUUGAUUUUGGAAGCGGAGAGCAGUGUGAAGCUCCAGGAGAAGGAGUGUGGGGAAGCGGAAUUGGGCAAUGAAGAGUCAUUGCAAACAGCAGUAAGCACUGACAAGAUGUCAACAUCACCCUGCGCCGAUUGCCCUGGGCAUUCUGCCCCCCCUCGAGUACCUUUGGAUAUGCUCUCCCCCCUUGGAAACGACAUACCCCAUCCGCUUGCCUUGAUUCCCCCCAGCCCGGACCAGGCCGAUGAUCCCACGUCACUCUUGCCAACAGCAGACGGCCGGGGGAAGCAAGCUGUGAAGAGAGUAACCUUUCCAUCGGAUGAGGCAAUCGUCUCUGGUGCAGUGGAACCUAAAGACCCUUGGAGACACGCUCAGAAUGUGACUGUGGAGGAGAUUAUUGCUGCCUACAGGAAGGCCUGUCAGAAACUGAACUGCAAGCCGAUUAACAAGCUGCUCAAACAGAUCCAAGAGUUUAAGCACCUGUCGCAGAGGUUGGACUGCUUGGAUCUAAAAGGUGAGAAACUGGACUACAAAGGUUCUGAGGCCUUGGAAGAGGUUUUCAAACGGGUUCAGUUCAAGCUAGUGGAUUUGGAGGCAACCAACCUGGACGAGGAUGGUGCGUCAGCAUUGUUUGACAUGAUAGAAUAUUAUGAGUCGGCCACCCAGUUGAAUAUCUCCUUCAAUAAGCACAUCGGGACGCGAGGCUGGCAGGCUGCAGCUCACAUGAUGAGGAAGACCAACUGCCUGCAGUACCUGGACGCGAGGAACACACCGCUACUCGAUCACUCUGCACCUUUUGUCGCUCGUGCUUUGCGGAUCAGCAGCAGCCUGGUGGUGCUACAUCUGGAAAACGCCAGCUUAUCCGGGCGACCGCUCAUGCUCCUGGCAACUGCCUUGAAGAUGAACAUGACGCUGCGAGAGUUGUUUCUGGCGGAUAACAAACUGAAUGGACUCCAGGACUCGGCACAGUUGGGGAACCUGCUGAAGUUCAACUGCACCAUCCAACUGAUGGAUCUGCGCAACAAUCACAUUCUAGACUCGGGCUUGGCGUACAUAUCUGACGGGUUGAAGGAGCAGAGACAGGGUCUGGUCACUUUGGUCCUGUGGAACAAUCAGCUAACCCACAAUGGAAUGACCUAUAUGGCAGCUGCCCUGCCCUACACGUUGAGUUUGGAGACGUUAAACCUUGGUCACAAUGCCAUCGGGAACGAAGGUGUGCAUAAAUUAAAAGAUGGACUGAUUGCAAACCGAUCAGUUCUGCGGCUAGGAUUGGCGUCUACAAAGCUCACCUGUGAAGGUGCUGUGGCUGUGGCGGAAUUCAUUGCUGACAGCCCCCGUCUCCUCCGGCUGGAUCUGCGUGAGAAUGAGAUCAAGACCGGUGGGCUUAUGGCUCUCUCGCUGGCUCUCAAAGUCAACCAUUCACUGCUGCGGCUUGACUUGGACAGGGAACCCAAGAAAGAAACGGUAAAGAGCUUCAUCGAAACUCAGAAGGCCCUCCUCACUGAGAUCCAAAACGGUUGCAAGAGGAAUUUCAUUCUGGCAAAGGAAAAGGAAGAGAAGGAGCAGAAGAUGCGUCAGUCGGCUUCGAUGCCCGAGAUCACUGUAACUUUGUGCGAUAAGACAGAGGAGCCCCAAAAUAGUCAAGCCUGCACAAGGGAAGAGGGAUCGGGAAAUGGAGAUGCCCAAGAGGGUAUUCCGAUCGUGACUGGGGAUACAGAAGUACUGGAAAGUGUUGGUGAAUCAGGAGUUACUCCCCCCUCCGUGGAAUGUAAUACACAUUUGGCUGCACAAGAUGAGUCAGUGCCACAGCCUGGUGUGGUUGAGCCACUUAACUCUGAACAACACCUUCAACACCAAGGUGCUUUGGAAAUGCCUUCUGGGAAGAAGUCAGUCACGGACUCCGAGGUGGAUGGUGGGAUCGGCCCAGCCACAGUUGGUAACCAGCAUGCUGCUCCUGAAUUACAAUCAGCAGGGUCUGAGAGCCCAGUUGCUGUCAGGUCACCAGUGGAGAUCCCAUCAAGAAACAAUGAGAGACUCGUGUCCAGCCCAGGCAGAGGACACAAAGUCUUUGUGGUGACCAGAGUGGAAAGCCCACCAGAGGACCCCAACAAUCGGGAUGUGCAGUGGGUAAAAGAAGCAUUGCAAAGCAAAAAGAACAGGGCCAUGGAUAAAGAGACUGAAUCCUCCUCGGAGCCUUUUCCUGGCUCAGUACCAGAUGCUACAGCAGCUGUGACUGUUCCAGCCCCUGCCUCUGAAGGGAGUCUCCAGUCCAGGAGCCCGCUGAAUCAGGAUAAGUCAGUAGAAACCACUGGACACGACUUUGAGACGGUCUGCGCUAACGACUGUGAUCAUGUGAUGCACGGGACCACCUUACCAAAUGGACUCAAAGCCGAUCUCAUGCACAGACUGCCUGAGUCAGUGGUGUUAGCAACAGGGAGGGAUGGCAAAGCAGUGAGCUGCAAUGUCGAGCAAGAGUUUACAACUCCUAAAACCGAAAAGGAAUUGGAGGAGUUAUUGCUGGAAGCAAGUCAGGAAACAUGCCGUGAAACAUCGUGAAAUCGAGCCGUGUCUUUCGGGUCCUGCUGGAUGUACUGAAGCUGACCUUGAAGAUGCCUGUCUGGUUCUACCCCCCCCCCCCCCCAUCACCCCCCCUCCUCAACAACAAAAGAAAAAUAUUUCCUCUCUGACCUCUCACUGCCUCUUGUAUUGGAGCAGGGGAGUUAGACUCCCACCAUAGACCUGCGUCAUUGAUCACCCCGCAACUCUGCUCCAUUCCAUCCCUCCUCCAGGGAAUGGGUUCCUGAGACCCGGUUUUAAUUUGGUUGGAGUGGGUACCAAAGAAGUGCCACCCAGGAAAGGUUGGAUUGCUGUGCACCCCAUCCAAUGGGGUGGUUCCUCCUCACUGGGAUGAAGCUCUCCUAAUGCAAGAAGGGGGUCGUGGUCAUUGAGUCUGUCUGGAAUCUGAAUGAGGCAACCCCUCGAGCUGUUGAUUUUCUAUGUGAUAUUGUAUAUGUUGUAACAGGGCUUGGAAUAACUAGUGAACUAGAUUUCCCUUCCUUCACUGUUUUCGCUAGAGAUUUUAGUACUAGUAAGGGGUAGGACCAGUAUUCUAGAGACGAGUCCCCCACCACCACACCCCCCAACCCCUCCCCAAUACUGACUGUUGUCUCCACUGUGACUAUCCUCUUGGUGAUUUUAUUAGCACUAUCUGUGUGUGUUUGUGGGUGGUGGGGGUGAAAAUAUAACACUAGUGAAGGGAAUUUUCAGCCCAGGUACACUUUCUGUUCUAUCUCAGCCCUAAAGUUUUUCUUUUAGAUUACAAGCUAUUUAUUUUGGUCUAGAUCUUUAUUGAUGUUGGUUUAAUGUUUUAAGGAGUGGCUGUGUGGAGUUUGUGUGAGAGGUUAGCAGUUUGAAUGCUCUAAUUUUUUAUGUAGGAUUGAGGUCACACUGGGGUUUGUACCUGCUGGAAGAGAUCUCAAAAAAAAAUCCCUUUCAGGUCAUUUAGCUGCGUGUGGCUUUUAAUGAUCUCAGCAACCCACAGGCAACCAGAGAUUUAUACUAUUUUAACUAGCUGAAUGUUAAUGAGUUUGGUCAGUGACACUAGUCAUAAUCACUACAAAGCAGAUCACUGGAUCAUUGUCAUACUGAAUGUGGGAGCUGAUUGUGUACAAAUUAGCUGCUACAUUUCUUACAUUAUAAUAGCGACUGCACUCUACUUGGUGGUGUCCCAAAUGCAUGCAAGUGUUUCUUUCUGGUCAUUGUUCCAACCAUUUUGUAAAGUCAGUCAAUCCAUGUGGGAUUCUGCAUUAUGUUUGUGAAUCUCUAAGGGAACAGGUGACUGAAAGUGAUGAAAGCCACUUCAGUAAAUUACCACAUAUGCAACCAAGUAAAUUAACACAGAAGCUAUUUUCUCUGUCCUUUUCAUCAGAUGGUGAUAUUUGAGGUUUAAGAUUGCACCCUGGUGGUGGAUUAAUCUGCAAUUCCAUGGGCCAUCUUCUUUGGGAAUCACCCUUGCUCUGUGCUAUUUUCCUGGCCCAAGCACUGUUCAUUUUGAACAUUACGUCAACCGAACCGAUUGCUCAAAGCCUAAACUGCAGAGUAGUUCCCUUUCUGCUGCAAGUCCUUCGCUUGGAAGCUGACAAUGCAACCCUUGUGUCACUUUCUUUCCAAUUAUGUGGAAAAUUUAUCUUGAAUCCACUGUUGCUUGGUAAUAAGAAACAGAAUGUGCUGAAAACCACUGCAGAUCAGGCAACAUCUGUAAACAAAUCUCUGGACUGACUCCUUCAUAGUGCAGUCAUUAUAAGUGUGGUGCAAAUCAUUUGCUUCCAAUAUUUCUUUGCUUUCAAUAUCAGACACCAGACAUUUUUGCUUUUUACUAUAAAUUGUGUUGUUCCCUGAUGUGUCAAAAGGGAAAUAAAGCACAUGGCUUCAAGCUUAUUAUAAUGUUUUUAUGCAAUGUCCCUUUGCACUGGCCUGUCUCAUGAGCAGCAUAGUCUGGUUUUAGCUUGACUGAGAGAGAAAUCAGAAAGGAUCUGUGAGCUUUGAUGUUUCCAGCUCUGGGUACACUAUAGAACGACAUCCAUCUCUUCCCUCUCUGAUUCCUGGAUGGAUUGCUUUGUGGUACAGGGUAAUGAAACAAAAGCAAUAUGUGAUCUUGAUAUUUCAUUCCCUCUGUCGCAUGGGUUGAGCGGAGGAAAAUAAAGACCAGUUUUUUUUAUAUAAACCGAGGUUAUAUUACCCAGUGUUUGCUGCAGUGUCACAUUACCUCAGUAUUAAUUUACCAGCAUUUAGAGUCAAUUUCAACUUCAGCAUUUUUUUUUAUAAAUUUACCUUUGAAAGAAAAUUCCAUGUGGAAAAGCUGUAGGGGUUUGGGCGGAAAUUUGUCAUCUUGUCUGGGGUGGGCAUAUUGUGCAAAGAAUUAAAGACAGGCUCUAUUAGGUGCCACAGGGACUAGACUGGGUCAGGAGUGGGACAUUUACUCCCAAUUCUACCUCGGUAAAGAUGUAGUGUUUACAUUCAUUGUGUUACACUCUGUUCCUUACACAGGAGAGCUUUAUAGUCAUAAAAAUGACAAUAAGGAAAGGUUAAUAAUAAUAGGUGCAAACUCUAGGUGAACACAAACUGGAGUGUUUUUUUGUAGAAAAAGAACAUGCAAUUGAUGCUUCAGUGCAGGCUGUCAUUUCAACAUUAAUUCAUUAAGGCUUUCCUUUUGUGUGUUAUCACCCAAGUCUAAAGUUUAUCUAGGGGUGUGUGUGUGCGUCUGCCUGAAUCACUUGUUCCUGGGAUGGCUUGUGGCUUUGAGAAGGCAAGACAACCCUAGCGUGCUGAGCAGUAGGUAUGUUGUUUGAGUGUGCAUCUCAAUCUCCAUUGCAGCUCAGGUGGGCACAGACCGUUGUUCACUGACUCCUUACCCCAGCUACAGAUGUACUUUUGCAAACUGUGUUCUCCACCUCCUGAAGGUUGCUUUUCAAAUUCCUGUGAGGAUUGGUUCCUCUUGACUGCCAAAGGAUGGUGAACAAACAUUCUGAGGCACCAGCCAAGGUACCCCAGAACUUGGCAUUUCCUCUAAGACUUGCAAAAGAAUCGCAGUGAACAGGAAUAUAUGCUGUUGCAAUCACCAGAUGUUGCAAGUGGAUACAUACCAAGUUGAAACACAUGAUGGACAAUUCAAAAUUGCAGGAAGAUCCACACAGUCUGACUUUCCAAGAGGCUGCAGAAGUCACGAUGUGCAGUCAUCGGUACGAAUUGGCACGUGAUCCACGUCUACUAACCCUCUCCCAAUCUCCUACUUGAGGUAUCCACAUUUAUGACCAAUUGAGGUGGUGAAGGACUCCGAGAGGAUGGAAGUGGAGAGAGGAGAGCUAAACGUAUGCAAGUACAUCCUCGUUUUCUGAUAGUUUAUGUACAAAGUCUGCUUGUUACGUGAGGGGUGGGUUGUUGCUUUAAGAGUUGCAUCUGACUGAUCCAAAUGAAACCGGAUGCAUCAACCCUGCUAGGCGAAUUGCUAGACUCCAGAGGUUCUUUUUUUAAAAGUGCAAUAAAUGUUUCAGGGCCGUGCAUCGAGCAUAACUGCAUGCAAGUUACAGUAGGACAUGUAUAAACUGAUGCUGUGACUUUCUAGCCCUGAAAUGCAGAGGAUCUGAAUAUAGUAUAACAUUAUGUAUAGAGAUGCGUGUUAACUAGUGUCAAUGGGCUGCUUAAAGUCUGAUUCUAUUUUUUUUGUUCCCUGAUGUGUUUCUCCUCUUGAGAGUUUGUUGUGGUAAUAAUUGUGGGUUGGGUUUUCUUUUUUUUUUGCAGUUUCUGUUUGUUGUGACAACUCUCAUACACCUGAGGAAUGGCGUGUCUGACCCAAAGAUGUUACUUGAGACUGUCCAUGUGUUGGGGAAGGAGGGAGUGGGUUUGCAUCGUCACAACUCUCAUUGGAUGCUGGAUCCAGCCUCUGAUUCUUUUUCAUUUCAGUGGGUCUUGCUUUUCACUUUAAUUGGCGCCAGCAUUGAAUGUCCUCCCUUGCAGGUUAAACGGGUUGCUGGGGUACCAGGUCCUAUGGUUCAAUCAAGAAUAAACAUUUACGACCCUGCUGUUAUUCCAGCUAUGAAGGCGUUUAGGAACCAUGCCUGAAAUAGAAUGGGCAGAAACAAUGGGCCCAACAGUGGGAAAACCUGGGAAAUAUUACACUACAGUAACAGAUUUGGCUUUUGGUUUACAUUUCUGGUCAAGGCAAUUAAAACUAGCGCGGUGGCCUCAAUCCCAGACACAUUGUCAGCGCAAUGGACUUGGGAUUUUUCUCACUAUAAGGGUGCAUUUAUUUGCAACUGUCCAAAGAUGGGUAAUGGCAUUCUAAUUGCAGCUGUUCGUUACACUACGUGUAAAGGUGGAUGUUUAUGAAACUAUUUAGUUGCCCCUGGCUGUUAGUUUAAAGAUGAGCUAAUUUACACUCUGACUAUAUCGUGAGAUUAGUGGAUGUGUUUGGAUCCAUAUUGAUUUUUUUUUAUUCAUUGGCAAAUCACUGAUGGAGCCAGAGUUAAUGAUGGCCCACCUUCUAUUACCCUUGAGAAGACGAUGGUGCUAUCGAGAACUAAUUCCGAGGCUCUCCUAGAUUCAGCGAGGUUGGGGGGGGGGGGGGGGGGGGGGUGUAAUAUUAUUUGCCACUGAACCAUGCUUGAUCAGGAAACCAACCCCCAAGUAACUUGCACUAAAUUGGGUCAACAGUGGACUUCAGUGCCCUUCUGAGGGGCAGAUAGAUCGGCCACACCUCCUGACCUUGGACUGGUACUGAGUCCUGGGUAAGGGCAGGAUUGGAUGCCUCCCCUUACAUAUACCAAAAUGUUGCUAUUGGUGAGAUAGCUGAAAGCCAGCAGGAGUCACUGCCUUUAUCAGAGGAGGGAAGAAACCUGAGGCAAAAUUGUUAGACACAGGUUUUGGAAUCUGAUCAGUGAGAUGGGUGUUUGUUCCUGCAGGAGAGAGACUGACGUGAACAGGGAGGGGAUGUGAGGAUGAGGUGGGACGUGGUACGAUGAGAUUUGUAAAUCGCACUGUGGCUGGAUGAUCAGAAAUCACUACACUUGUGAACAGAACAAAAGAGAGCACGAGUACUAGUUUCCCUGCUGAAGCGCGAGAUGGAGAGGCUGGUUGUGCAGAGGCAUGAGGGAAGCCAGCAAUUGUGCUCAACGGGCAGUUGGCGACUUCUGAUACUGCUUUUAUAAAUGACUGUUAUAGUUUUACGAAUUACUGAUGGCUUGAGGUGGUCCUCCCAGUUGGGGAGUGCAUCAGCUGCAACAGUACUGCUGGUGGGUUCAGAACACAGCUGCUUGGUCCCCACCCCCACACCCCCUUUCCACCGACCCAGCACAGUACUCUGGACAAAUGCCAACACCGACUCCAUCCCUGAAUUCUGACCCCUUGGCUGUUGUUUUUGGUUUUUUUUUGCCUUAUACUAACCCUGGCAGGACCUUAAAAAAAUACUCCACUCCUGAUCCAGUGUAAGUAUUCUAUUGUAUGUUGGGGAUUUCCUACUUCCAACAAUGCUUUUGGGUGGAAGAUUUUCAAUGUUGUGGAAAUUAUUGGUGAAUUGGAAGUGCAAUUUGCCUGCAACUAUUGUUUAGUACCAAAGUAAAUGUAGGAUUCGUUGAUUUCACAGUUUAAAAUAAUUCUCACAAAGGGCACAAAAUUCCUGCUGAUCCUGGACCAGUUAUUCUCUCACCUGAGGAUCAGGAGCUUGGACUAGCUGACACCAAUACUAACACUGCACAAGGAAGCAGGCUGAAAUCCUUCCUCACUCUGGCUGAUGUACUUCUUCCACCUCCACCACCUCCCACUUUUUUAUGCAGACGCUCACUGCCACAGGGUUGUUUCACAGGUUCCGACUGGGACACUCCCGUUCCGCACCCUGUUUAGGACCGCACUAACUCUCAUCACACACGCGCUCGGGAGUCGCUGGCCUGACUGACGGAGCUUUGCAGUUGCUGUCAAAGGCACUCCUUACUGUGGAUCUCUUGCCCUGCCAAGCGACAUUCCCUGUCCGUGACGAUGUUGUGGUGAUGCUACUUGCACUAGCGUCAUGGUUCUUGGCCCUUCUGUGAUAUCGAGGGAAUGGGAACCCCUCUUCAAUGGUAGACACUAAGCUUCUCCAUGAACUGCAACAGAAUGACCAAGCAUGCCACAGGGACUUGGUUCAUAAUGUGAGCCAGUGCCGAGUUACCUUCUCCCCAGCAAUUUCUUCUCUCAGCAUCAGUAGGUCAUUUGCCAUUUGACGUCAUUUUCACGGUUGCACAGUGCACCAUUCCUGACGUGGAACUCUGGGUCUUGUGUGAAUAUUGACCAACCCACAUUUCCCUUGGUAAUGUCAUAUCAAAGCAGGUUUUGAAAUAAGAGUUUGCAAAUAGUUUAUUGCAGCCAUGACCCUCCAAAUUAUCAUCCACUUGGGAAGUACUCUUCUAGAUUUACACACUUUGGUUUACAACCAGAGUGAAGGGGAGCAGGAUCAGACCAUGUGGGUAAGGGAGACUAUUCUUGCACUACAUUCUAACUUCAAACACUAGAGGACAGCUCUCUGCAAGCAGUGUUAGAGCCUAAUUAGGUGAAAAUUAUCUGCAAAAUAAUGUCGUGUUUUUACCAAAUUAUGAUCAGUUACCCAUGCUUCCAGCUCAUCAGGACAAACUGUGUUGCUCUCUCUCCAUCCCCACUGUGCAAAUGUGAUGCUCUUUCAUGCAGUGGCUCUCUCUCUCCCUCACGUACGUACAUGCAUUCUGUUUCUUUGCUUGUCCAACUUGCAUGUUGUUUCCUUUGCUUCCUCCCAGACAUAGUACCAGCAUUUAAGGCCACCACAGUAGCCCAUGAGCUGUGAUUGUCACUUCCUCUGAAGGACAGCAACUCAGACCAGCCACUGCCAAAUUCCCCUGCUGAUCUCGACUGACUGAUGCAAUGGGUGUUAUUUCCCAAUGAAAUUUUACUGCCUUGCAUUAUUUUUUUUAUAUCAGCUCUUAGAAUCUGUCAGUCUGCUGUGCUGUUCCGUAUCCUUUACCAGAAGUGUCCUGUUCCUUUCAUCCGUAGCAGUGGAAACGUGUAGGUUCACCUGGAGUCGGUGUUGCUUUCUGUCCUUGUACCUGUGGGUGAUGGAGCAUGCAUCUUCACCCACAAUCAGUCUAUGUUGAUGCCUCCUCAAGUAUCUGCACUUGUACAAACUACUUAAUUUAAUCUGUUGAUUCUGUUCAAGUGGAUGUACUCUCCACUGGGCCCCUCUAGGCUCUGAGAUGAACCUAAUGCAAUUAUGUGACUUUUAAGCAUCUUUGGAUUUAUUCAGAAUCUUGGUUAAAUAAUUAAAAUAAAAAAAUUUCUUA